AUGCUAUCUUUCUCAUCAGCUCAAGGAUAUCUACAAUUUCAAGUAGAGGUUACAGAUUCAAUUUUGCGCUGCUUACAUUUUCAUCGGGGUUGUUUGCAUUCUUCUUUAUUUUCUACAAGUGCCCUUGAUGCCGAGUGUGCAUGUAUUGAUACUAACUUGUGCAUUUGUAUGUUCUUUUUAAACCUUGGUGAUUUCCUUGUGCAGAAACUAGGGGAAGGUGUGAAAGGGGUGUAUAUCUCGAUAGACGUGGAUUGUCUUGAUCCUGCAUUUGCUCCGGGAGUGUCUCAUAUUGAACCGGGAGGUCUUUCUUUCCGCGAUGUUCUUAACAUCCUACACAAUCUUCAAGGUGAUGUUGUUGCUGGAGACGUCGUUGAACUCAACCCACAACGCGAUACUGUUGAUGGAAUGACUGCUAUGGUAGCUGCUAAGUUGGUCAGAGAAAUGGCUGCAAAGAUUGCAAAAUGA